AUCACUUCAGGAUUGUAGCAGCAGCCUCCCCCCCUCCUCUCUACUUUUUACGAGGAGCCUGGGUUGCAGCUGCAGGAUUGCCCAUCAAGGAGAGAUCGAGGUGCGGAUCGCGCUUGUAUGUAUGGAUCUCCUCCGUCUGUCUUUCGGCACUGAUCCCAGAACACCUUUGCUGUCCGUGACGUAAAUGCUCCGACUUGCUGAUGCAGUUUCAGAUGAUGACCCACCCCAGGAGCCUCGUGUCAGCAUUGCUGCUGCUGCUUUUGCUGGUCACUGAAGGUCUGAGCAACCAUGAAGGAAAUGACAAUGAAGUCCUCAAACAAACAGAGUCCAAACUCAACAGGGCCCAGAAUCCAGAGAUUGAGAAUGAAAUCAGAAAUAUCACAGAAGUGAUGCAGAGUUAUACAGCAAGCACAUCUCCAACGAUUACCGCGGCUCUGCCGAGUCGGUGUCCGGGAAACCAGGUGAAGCAGGAGGGCAGCGCUGGCUGUGGCUGUCCAUCCGGAACAGUGCAGAACGGUGACAACUGUACAUGCCCUGUGGGGUUCGCUCUACAGGGAGCAGCUGGGUGUAAAGAUGUUAAUGAGUGUGGAGGAGAAGGACCAGGGCCAUGUGGUGUCCAUGCCAGCUGCACUAAUACCCCCGGCUCAUACUCAUGUUCCUGUCUCCGUGGCUACCUGAUGGAUUCUGGAGUGUGCCAGGAUAUAGAUGAAUGUGCUCUGGCUGCAGUGACGGGCCUGCAGGCCUGUCAGGAAGGGGCUGAAUGCAAAAACACCCCUGGUUCCUUCUCCUGCUCGUGCCCAGUGGGAUACGUGAGGGCUUUGAAUGGACCAGGCUGUGUAGAUGUAGAUGAGUGCAGCUUUGAGGAGCAGUGUCGCCGCGAACUGGGAAACGUGUGUGUGAACACUCCUGGCAGCUUUCUCUGCCAGUGCCAGCCAGGCUUCAGAGCUGAAGCCCCUGCCUGUGUUGAUGUGGAUGAAUGUACGGAGAGUCCCGAGUUGUGCGACGGUCAGGGUGUGUGUGACAACACGCUCGGCAGCUACAAGUGUAUUUGUCGACCCGGUUACCGGGGAAACGGCACACACUGCGAAGACGAGAACGAGUGUGCAUCAGGGAGUCACAGGUGUGACACCAACGCUCGGUGCGGCAACAUCAUCGGCUCGUACUUCUGCCAGUGUUACCAGGGCUUUAAUGGAGACGGCCAUGCUUGCUUUGAUGUUGAUGAGUGCCUUCUUAACAAUGGCUACUGUGAACACAACUGCACCAAUGAAGUGGGGUCGUACAGCUGCCAGUGUGCUGCAGGCUACCAGCUUGACCAGGGUGGACGCAACUGCACAGAUGUGGAUGAGUGUUCAGCUCCAAAUGGGACCUGUGAGCACAUUUGCAUCAACACUAUGGGCUCUUUCCGGUGCUCCUGUAAGCCGGGCUACCAGCUGCACAUUGAUGGCCACACCUGCGUAGACAUCGACGAAUGCAAACUCCAGAAUGGCGGAUGCUCUCACACCUGCACCAACUCUCCUGGGGGAUUCACCUGCCACUGCCCCCGUCCCCUCUUGUUGAACACCGACAACCUCACCUGCAGCAAUGCCACAUCUUGCAAGUUAAGAAACGGAGGUUGCGACCAUGUAUGUUCCCUGAAAGCUGAGGGUGACCUUCAGUGCAGCUGUCGAGCAGGCUGGAAGCUCGGGGAGGACCUCAAGAGCUGCGUUGACGUGAACGAGUGUGGAGACUUCGCAAACGGAGGCUGCGAGCAGCUCUGUGUGAACCUCCCCGGCGGGUUCAACUGCACCUGCAGGGAGGGGUAUGAGGUUCGAACUGACGACCCCACCAGGUGUCGACCUGUGUGUGACCCACCGUGUCACAACUACGGAGUGUGUGUGGGGCCAAACAGCUGCGACUGUCCUCCAGGCUACCCUGGCGUGGGCUGCUCAGCCAUGUGCUCUCCACCCUGUGCUCAUGGAGGUACCUGCAUGCGCUGGAACAUGUGUUUGUGUCCUUCUGGUUGGACGGGAGCAGGCUGCCACACAGCUGUGUGUGAGCUUCCUUGUGCCAACGGUGGUCGCUGUGUAGGCCCUGACACCUGCCAGUGUCCCUCUGACUACACGGGCCCUCAGUGCUUGUUGCCGCUGUGCACGCCAGCCUGUCAGAACGGGGGAAGAUGUGUGGAUGUUAACAAAUGCACGUGUGUUGCUGGAUGGCAAGGAGCUCGGUGCCAGAUUGAGCCCGUCCAAUGUCAGAAACCUUGUAGGAAUGGAGGUGUGUGCGAGGGCCUCAACAGAUGCCGCUGCACCAAAGGAUUCACCGGCAGUCUCUGUGAAAAAGCUGUAACCACACGAUGUGUCCCUCCCUGUCAACAUGGAGCUGCGUGCAGCCCGCACAACACAUGUGCCUGUCCAGAAGGCACUGCAGGACUGCGCUGUGAGAGGCUGACAUGCCCUGUGGUCACCACGGUGGUCAGCACAGCUCGUGCUGUGAGGAAGGCUUUCAGAGAGAGCUACGUUGAUCGCUGUGGACCCUUGGGAGUUCAGCUUUGCACUAAAUACAGGAUGAACCAGGCCCGCGUGUACCUGCAGGCCUACAGGGUUGGCUACACAAUCCAGUGUCCUGUGAAGAAGAAGAACACAUAAGCAGCGAAGGAAACAAGAAAAGAUGCACAGCAUCUGCAGCACAAAGCAUUUGGAUUGUGUGUGUGUGAACGCAAAAAAUACAGGGGCUGGACCCAGGCAAUCUCAGAACUGGGGGACUAAAUGAGAGGGAAAAAUUGUGAGCACCUCUCAGGUCUUAGCCUUCGUUUUGAAAUUGAAAGAACAGCCAUGCAGCUUCCUUAGAAUAUAAAAGUUACUAUGUUUCAUCAUUGGUAAUGAUUUGCUUUUAAGUGGUCACUGAAUGCUUCAGGUAUAAGUUAUAUUUUUAGUCAUUUCUGGUAUGCAGGAAAAAAAUGUGCUGUCUGUUCUGAAAAGCUUCAAAAAAAUUUCACCCAAGCCCAAUUAUGCUGUAUAGCCACAGAUUUUAAUAUAGACUUAAAGGAUUUUCUUUUAGGUGUUAGCAGUUACUUAGCAACCGUGUGAAGGUUUCUUUCACACACUGACUCAAAAAUUCAUUCACAACUCAUGAGCAACUGAAAGAAUUUACGCAAGCAGCUCCUCGUGCUCCACACAGCCCUUUGUGUGGUGCCAAUCCAUGCCUCCUUAUCAGGGAUGAGAGGGUCCAAUCUACCCUGAAUGGGGCAGUCUCCUGUCUCACACUGAGAAACUGCCACAUGGAGAGUACGGCUUGAUUGCACAGGAUGUGGGGAAAGGGGGCACUCGCCUGUUGGGAGACGCUAGUGGCAAAAGAAACAGUUUGGGUGCUUAAUGUGUGUAGUUUUUAAAAAAUGCUGCGAAGCAGAGCAUUGCUUUUUUUCCCCCAUCAUUGCUCUUCUUAACCUGAUUUUUACACGUAUUUCAUGUUGCUAUGCUUCCAGAGUAAUCACUGUAGCUUUAGUCCAUCAUACCCUCCUCUUAGCUUACAUGAAAAAGAUAAAGUGCUGCAUCGAGGAGGUGAAAAGAAAGAAAAGGCUCCAUCCUGUCCAGGUUCCCCCUAAAGUCCUGACACUUUUCUGACAGAGAGCAAUGACUGUGUUAUCACCCUUAUGUUAUGGCGGUACGACAAUCAGCAGCUAAUGUAGGAGGAAGAAGGAGCACUGAUCCCAGUGCUCCUUUGUUAGCAGAGACUGUCUGUAAUUGAAGACAGUUUUAUAGCAGGUCAAAGUACAGACUGAAAGAAAAACAUGGAUUAAUUGCAAAGGUACAGAUAACUGAUUACAAAGCGCUACUACGGAAAAAUUGUAAAGAUCUUAUAACAAUAAGAUCUCAUAGCUUAUAGCGACGUCUUAGACUAGCCAUCAAAGUUUUAAGCUGCUGUCACACUGUUUCUUGUCUGGCCUCAUAUGUUUGUGUCUAAAAAAAAAAAGCUUUUCAUAGGGAAAAAAAUAAUAUAAUUAUGUGAUUUUUUUUUUUUUUAAGUGAAGGUUUGCCACGUUCAAAGUCUGUGAUGCCUAUUUGUUUCCCACGUUGUGUAUUUGGGAGGACCUUUUUAAAAUGAACAUUGUGUCACUGCUUCAGAACAGAGUGCAGUAAUUUUUGCAGUGAUGUCCCCAUUUUUCCUUAUUUUCCCAAACCUGCUUUGGGUGAACAUUUAAAGACCUAAAGACAUUAUAUCACAACCUCUGAGUCAAUAAAUAAUUAUUAGAUGUCUCAAUUGGAAAAAAGUGCUGGUUCCCCUGCCUAAAUGUAUUCAAGUUAUUUGUGUUUUCAUCAUCAAUCAGAUUCUCCGUUAAGUAGACAUUGUUCAUUUAAACAGUGCACAAACUAUA